CUGUGCGCCUUUGGGUGGGGAAUAUGUUGUGCAGCAAAGGAUGGCGGGUAGAAAUGCGCUUUGAGGGGGCUUUGAGGGAGGGCGAGAAGGGACACAGGAAUGAGGAAGGCGAAGGGGCGCGAGGGCUGAAGAAGGACGGACGGAAAAGGGAAUAGGUGCGGAGGGAGGCGAAGUGGGAGGAAGGAGGCGCCGGAUUUGGACGGCAGAGUACUUAGACUCGCGCCCCGCCCCGCUUUGGGCCAGACGCGCUCGUCCCCUCGUCCUCCGAGCAUCUCGUCGUCCCUCCCCUGCAGCCCAGCUGUCCAGCCUUGCCCUACCCUAUAAUAUCUAAUUUCCUCUUGCGUCCUCUUAUAAUUCUCCGGCGUCGGCCCAUUCUUGCCGAUACUCUCGCAUUCUAAUCAUCCUCACAGCCCAGCCAUCGACCGCAUCGUCUGCACUCCCGCAACUCCUCCAGCUAUAUUCGCGGACCGGACGGGCUGAGAGGGUAUGUUGAUCCGCGAACAAUCCCUGGCCAUCUCGUUCUGAUCCCUUUCAAUCCACAGCCUAUUUAACCCGCUGCCCUUGCGCACUCCCUCGCGCUCUCCCUCGCACCCACAUAUUACAGAUGAUGGACAUCCACCCGUACCCCCAACACGACUACCCACAACAUCUUGCCAACUCGUCAUUCCCUCAUUACUCUACCCACGACCCUCUCCGGCCCAUGCCCUCCUCCUCCUACGCCGUCCCCCGCAUCCAGGACCUCACCUUUCCCCCAUCUCCCCGUUCAAAUCCCUCCCUCUCCCGCAUCGCGUCCACCAGCGCCCCGAUCCGGGAGGACUUCGACCGCGAUGUCAGUCUGCCCCCGCAGCCCGCUACCCAGUCCUCGCUCGAGGCCCUCAUGGAGGACGAUGGCCGUGCAGGCGGCCUCUCCAGGCCACUCACCGUACAAGAACAAGACCGUCUCGCCCACCUCGACCGUCUCAAGUUCUUCCUCGCCACCGCUCCCUCGCGCUGGUCCACCAAACAGGAAGACGACCCCGACGCACACCACCUGAACCCGUCUCACCCGGCCCUCAACCGCUUCUUGCUCCCCAACCAGGAGUACGUCUCCUGUGUGCUCUGGAACGGCCUCUACCAUAUCACCGGGACCGAUAUCGUGCGCGCACUCGUCUUCCGCUUCGAAGCCUUCGGAAGACCCGUUAAGAAUAUGAAGAAGUUCGAGGAGGGCGUGUUCAGUGACCUCCGCAACCUCAAGCCCGGCAUGGACGCCUGUCUCGAGGAACCCAAGUCCCCCUUUUUGGAUCUCCUCUUCAAAUUUCAAUGCAUCCGAACGCAGAAGAAGCAGAAAGUAUUUUUCUGGUUCUCCGUCCCACACGACCGUCUCUUCCUAGACGCCCUCGAGCGCGACCUCAAACGUGAAAAGAUGGGUCUCGAACCCACCACCGUCGUCACCUCCGAGCCCGCCAUCUCCUUCACCUAUGAUCCCAAACGGAGUCUUUAUGAACAGUUUAGUAAAGCCCAAGGACGGGCGGAGGGAGAAGGCGAUUUGGAGGCGGCGGUUAGGAGGGCGAAUGAGGCUUCUGCGAGUGGUGCGGGUGGUGCGUCGUCCGGGAACGAGGAGGGUGGGAAUGGGAAUGAGGAGGGCGGGAAUGAGGAGGGCGGGAGCAGCUCGUCGUCGGGCGAGGACGCGGACGCGCCUACGAGGGCUUCGUCGAUGAAACCUUCUGCCUCCUCGAAUUCGACUCCGGGACCGAAACCGAACCCUGCCUUCCUCUCUAUGUUUUCCCUCUUCGAAGGCUCACCAUCCUACAAGACCCGUCGACGACGCCAGCCCAAGACCGCCCGUAAACCGGACGGGUACGACGGCCGUGGGAGCGUCGCGGGGGAUGGUGGCCCGAAUUCGUUGAGGGGCAGCCCGAUGGACGAUAGGCAGUUCGCGCCGAGCGUGGGGCAUAAACUGGGCGCGGGGUUGAAUGCGCCGGAUAUGUUUUUGGCGCAGGCGCAAGGGAGGGAUCAGGGGGGAGUGAAGAUGGAGCCGAGGGUGCCGAUGUUGCAUCCUGCUAUGGGCAAUCUCGGAGGCGUUGGGGGUGUAGGUGUGGGUGUGGGUGUGGAUAGGUCGAUGUUUAGUGCGUCGCCGGGACCGCAGAGACAGAAUACGUUCCCGAUGUAUAACCCGAUGGGGGGUUCGCUCCAGCAUCAGCAUCCCCAGCAACAACAACACCAGAGCGGACUAUCGAGACACGCUACGCUCCCCUCCACCCAGUCUUCCAUGAUGCCUUCGUCCGACUCUACCGCUUCGUACGACAUGUCCGGGAUGGUCGGUCUCGACUCUUCCGUGCUCUCCGAUCCCUCCUCUGAUCCUUCUUCGCUCGCCGGCGGAAUGGUAGGCGUGGGCAUGGGCGGCAUGAAAGAAAAGACGUUCUGCUGCCCGCUCUUCUCCUGCGGCCGGCUCUUCAAGCGCCAAGAACACCUGAAAAGACACCUCCGCACACACACGAUGGAACGUCCGUUCGAAUGCCAUAAAUGCCGCAAACGCUUUUCGAGAUCAGAUAAUCUGAACCAACAUAUGCGUAUCCAUGCGCGCGCGGAACAGGGCGAGGUCAAUUUCGUCGCGAUGUAUGGUUCCAACUCUGAUCUCGGCGGCGGUGGUGCGUUGGGUUUGAUGGGAAUGGGAGGCGAGGUGGACGAGCUUGCGGAAGAUGAGGAUGGGAUGGAUUUCGAGGCGUAUGUGCAGGGGUAUACGAUGGGUAUCCCGUUGGCGGCGAGUAUGAUGGGUACGUUGGAUGCGAGGCAGCAGCAGGAGACGGCGGCGAUGCUUGCGGCGUCGAACGCGCAGGCUCAACAGGCCGCGGGCGAUUAUUCAACCACCAGCACCACCAACACCAACACCACCAACACCACCAACACCAAUGAUCCUAUAGCGCUCUCGGACGUGUAUUUUGGAAACUCGGACGCGGGGGCGCAGUAUGCGAACGUUCCUGUCCCUGGUGCUGAUGAUGGUGGUUCGCAAUCGCAAUCGCAAUCGCAUGGAGGUUCGCCUUGGGCGUCGCAGAGCACGCUUUCGCCCCAUCCUCAUCCCGGUCCGUUACCCAGUCCUGCGUUCUCGACGAUCAGCGCGCCUGGCGGUUCCUCUCAGCCACUCUCUCAGUCGAGACAUGGUGCUAUGUCGCGUUCGAACACGAAUGGGAGCGCAUCUGCUACGACGGGUCAUUUCCCUCAUUACUCCCAUUCGCACUCCCAUUCACACUCGAACUCGUCGCAAUACGCGUCCAUGUCCGCCCCGUCGAACAAGCUCACGUUCGACCAUAGCUCGCUUUACCCGCCUGGAAUAGGGAUGGACUCGAACUCGAAUGCUCUGUCGCUCUCGUCUGCGGGAGGGCCGGUGAGGUAUAGAAGUGCGACGCCGUCGAGUGGGAAACAUUCGGAGAUUAGGAGGCCGAUGACGGCGACGAGCUUCGAUUAUGCUUCUGCCUCUGCGUCGAAUGGAUCGCCUGCGCCUGGGUCGUCGCAUUCGCUUUCGAGGGGCGGGUCGUUGGGUCAGGCGAGUGGGACGAGUGGGAGGGGAUAUCAUCCGUAUGCGAGAUCACAGAGCGCGAGGUCGAGUCCGACGGGGUAUACGAUUCCGCUUGAGGCCCAAGCCCAACAACAUGACCAGCAGCAACAACAACAACAACAACAGCAGCAGCAGGAGUUCCAUGCGGCGAGUCUGGGCAUGAUGGGCCUUGGGGAGUAUGCUGGUGCGACAGGAAGCGCGAGUGGGCUGUAUGUGACGGCGGAUUCGCCGGGGGAGUAUGGGUCUGGGUCGCAAGGUGGCAGUGGUGGGGCGAGCAAUGCGCCGUCGCCGUUUGGCGUGGGGUUCCAGACGCAACAGCAGCAGCAGCAGCAGCAGGGCCAGGGAGAGGAGGUGUUCGCGUAUGGGGGAGGGGCCCAGGGGGAUGCGGCGGGGUCGUAUUAUGCGAUGAAUUCGUCGUCGUGAGUGAGGAUCGUCGACACACAACACAUGCAUGCGAGGAGCAGGGUUGGAAAUCUAGGUUAAAAUUCUCAAAAUAUAAUUCGGAGCGAAUUUUCGAAAGUAUCAGUUUUUUUUCUUUUUGUUUUUGUUCUCUAUCUGAUCUCGACCUCUACCUCCUACCUGCUUUUUCCAUUUGUUUCUUUUUGUGUUUUCUCUUGUUCAACCACCCGCUGCUCUCCAGUCAUCUAUGUAUUUGAUCUUGCUUGUCUCCAUCUUUCUCUCGUGCUCGAUUCGUUCGAUAUAUCCACCGUUUAAUCGUUCGUUUUUACCCCCUUGCCUGCGCCUGCUUCGUUUUGCUUCGUUUUUGGUCUUCGUUCUUCGGCUUUGGUCAGGCUUGUUGGGAUUUGCUUUACUCUUGAUCGCUUGCUUAAUCAUCUCACUUUUCGUCUUGUCCCGUCGUUGUCUUGUUUUGCAAAGCUCUUAUCUAUUGAAUACUUACCUUCCUCCGCGCAAGGUCGCCUUUCUUCUUCCUAGUCUUUUCUUCGCAUUUCUUUAUUCAUCGGAACACCAAGCAUCAAUUCCUUUUUUCGUACUUUCGAACUCGAACUCGUUCGAGACUUAUUACUACCGUCCCGUCAAAUCUAAUCGCAAAUUCUUUGUUCUGUUCUGUUCUUCGCACCCUUUUCGUUACCUUCUCGACAUAAUCCGAUUUCUCUUAAUCAUUUCGAGGCUCCUUUCUGCCCUGUCGCCGUCGUCGUCGGUCUUCUCCUUCUCCUUCGGCAAUCACUUAUCACCUGUUGGCUGGGUGGCUGGCUUCUGGGACGCACCCCCUUACCCCUUCCUCCUACUGUAUCCCCUUUUGAUCUCGUCGUCAGUGUUCGAUUUUCGUUCCGAGUUUGUGGUCACUUCGUUUCGCUGUUCUUUCGUUCUUGCUCUUUUCGUUCUUGGUCUAACACUUCACAUGUUUUAUUCAUAGCUCGCUGCUUCGCCUGCUUGUCUUUUAUAAUCCUGCCCUGCUUACAAUACCUUCCCCUCCUAGUUUACCCAAUCUCCAUCUCGCGACGUGCAUGCUCCGAGUCCCCCACCCCACCCCAUUCCCACCGUCACCGUUCGGCACCUCGUACCGCGACGUCUUGUUCCGUUCCAACCAUCACCUAGUCACUCGGCUUCGCUUCUCCUUCUCCUUUCUCUCAGCCUCCUUCCUGUUCCUUCCAUCUAAUCAUCACGACACCUCGGACUUUGUUGAAUAAUUCUUUCUCCUCUCUACUCCGCCUGCUUUGACCUUGACCAUGUAGCUGUAUGUACAUACUCUAUCUCGAUUCCCUACUAUCUCCUUUUCACCCUCAGGCCUCAUUGCAUGCCAGCACAUGUCUAUAUAUCUAAUACUUUGUCUCUCAACCUCUCAGCCCCUCAGCCUUUCAGCCUCUUCCCCAAAAAAAUCCGAACAUUAACGUCUACUAAUAAACGUCUUUUCUUUUCGAAUUACUACGCAUACACGAACG